CUUGAGGGCGGGGGCAGGUCGGGGGCGGGGCCGGAGCCCGCGCGGAGCACAGAUGCCCCGGCCGAGUGCGGGGCGUCUCUGGGAUCCUGUCCUCUGGCUGGUUGCUCUUCCCAGCCAUGGCUCCGCGUUGCUGGCCCUGGUGGCACUGGUCGGCGUGGCGUCGGACCCGGCCGCCUCCCGUCGGGAGCACCCCGACCUUUGGGGGUUCAGACGAAGUAGGGGAUCUUGCAAACGCCAAAGCUUUGAGGAUAAAGAGGAGGAGGGUGCAAAUGGGGGUGAAGCUUGAGAAACUCCAGCUUCUGCCUGAUGCUCAUGAGCAGCCCCCCCAGAUCUGUGUGGUGGGCAGUGGCCCAGCUGGCUUCUAUACCGCCCAGCACCUGCUAAAGCACCACCCCCGGGCCCACGUGGACAUCUACGAGAAGCAGCUGGUACCUUUCGGCCUGGUGCGCUUUGGCGUGGCGCCCGACCACCCCGAGGUGAAGAAUGUCAUCAACACCUUCACCCAGACGGCUCGCUCGGACCGCUGUGCCUUCCAUGGCAACGUGGUGGUCGGCAGGGACGUGGCUGUGUCGGAGCUGCAGGCGGCCUACCACGCUGUGGUGCUGAGCUAUGGGGCGGAGGACCAUCAGGGCCUGGAAAUUCCCGGUGAGGAGCUGCCCGGUGUGUUCUCGGCUCGGGCCUUUGUGGGCUGGUACAACGGGCUUCCUGAGGACCGGGAGCUGGCGCCAGACCUGAGCUGCGACACAGCUGUGAUCCUGGGGCAAGGGAAUGUGGCUCUGGAUGUGGCCCGGAUCCUGCUAACACCCCCUGAGCACCUGGAGAAAACAGACAUCACAGAAGCUGCCCUGGGGGUGCUGAGGCAGAGUCGGGUGAAGACGGUGUGGAUAGUGGGCCGCCGUGGACCCCUGCAAGUGGCCUUCACCAUUAAGGAGCUUCGGGAGAUGAUUCAGUUACCGGGAACCCGGCCCAUGUUGGAUCCUGCGGAUUUCUUGGGCCUUCAGGACAGAAUCAAGGAGGCCCCCCGCCAGAGGAAGCGGCUGACAGAACUUCUGCUUUGGACAGCCACGGAGGAGCCAGGGGUGGAAGAGGCGGCCCGCCGGGUGUUGGCCUCCCGCACCUGGGGCCUCCGCUUCUUCCGAAGCCCCCAGCAGGUGCUGGCCUCCCCAGAUGGGCGGCGGGUAGCUGGCAUUCGCCUGGCCGUCACCAGACUGGAGGGUGUUGGUGAGGCCGCCCGCGCAGUGCCCACUGGAGACGCGGAAGACCUCCCUUGCGGGCUGGUACUGAGCAGUGUCGGGUAUAAGAGCCGCCCCAUCGACCCCAGUGUGCCCUUUGACCCCAAACGUGGGGUCAUCCCCAAUACGGAAGGCCGGGUUGUAGACGUGCCAGGCCUCUACUGCAGCGGCUGGGUGAAGCGGGGGCCCACAGGGGUCAUCGCCACUACCAUGACGGACAGCUUCCUCACCGGCCAGAUGCUGCUGCAGGACCUGAAGGCUGGGCUGCUGCCAUCUGGUCCCAGGCCGGGCUAUGCGGCCAUUGAGGCCCUGCUCAGCAGCCGAGGGGUCCGGCCUGUCUCUUUCGCGGACUGGGAGAAGCUGGAUGCCGAGGAGGUGUCCCGGGGCAAGGGUGCUGGGAAGCCCAGGGAGAAGUUGCUGGAUCCUCAGGAGAUGCUGCGGCUGCUGGGGCGCUGAGUAGAUCCCGGGCUGCCUGGCAGGGAGAGAAGGCAUGCUGUGCCCAGGAGAGGGGCCCGGGUCCCUCAGCGGGACUCUGCACCACAGCUGUGUCGCCUGCCUGCCCUGGCACCGGGUCUUGGCUGCCUCUUCCAGGGGCCUCUGAGCACUUCCUCCUGGCAGAAGGUUGCCCUUGCCAGAGAUAACCUUAGUUAGGGAUGGGUGGAGGUGCAGGCUGACUUUCCUCCCUCCCACCUCUUUCCCAUCGGACUGUGGAGGGUCACCAGGUCAGGAAUAUACUGGAAAUAAAACAGCUAUAAUGGA